AAUUUGUACUCUAUUACUACAAAACAAAUCCUACAGAUAUAAAUUCUUAAUUUAAUUUCGUUUAAAUUACAAUACAUAUGCUUACAUUUUAUAACUAAUUAUACAAUUUUAAAAAAAUCAACACAACAAAAGCAAAAAAUGCUAAACAAUGAGCAAGUAAACGAGUAAAGUAAACGUGUAAAAAACGUUUCGAUUUUUGACAAAAAAAAACAAAUGAAAAUUUAUUGAAUUUUAGUCUUUAUCUUUUCACUGUAUCGUUUUGUAUCGGUGUGCGUGCCUGAGUGUGAUUGUAUGUGUCUGUUUUUUUUGUUCGUGUUGUCGAAGAGGUCACGCCGAGGUCAGCGAAAUGGGCGGCAAGGUGAGGGCAUGACGCGCGAGUGGAUCGGCCGAUCAGGUGAUCGAUCAGCUUUCGAGUUCAAAGUAUGUGGAGAGGAGUGCUAUUGACUUUUGUCAUUUUAGUAUCGGUCAGCAUUGCAGCAACCAACAACACCAUCAUUAAUUUGCUAUGAGUGCACCCAGAAAAAUAAAAAAUCAACAGCGGUUUAAAAUAAUGUUAAAAAAUGGACAACAAAUCAACCUGAUGUAAUUUAAGAUGAACCAUUUUAUUUACAGGUGGUUUAUAUAUCUGAAUAUGAUUUCCGUCUUAAUUAUGAAACCUAUCUGAAGAGAAAAAUUUUUAAAUAAUUAACAUUUACUAGGUGGCGGUUAAAGUAAAAUUAUUACCUAAUUCGAGCGGUUAGAACUUUUUAGAAGACAAAACACACUGACUGUUAAUUGUAAAAGAAUUUCAUUUUCUAACAUAUUGUUUAAAAGUUAAAUACAACAAAAAUUAUUUGUUUUAAUUAACAUAAACUUAAAAGAUAUUCAAAAUAAACUACAUACAAUAUAUGUGCAUCGUAAACGUAAUAAAUAAACAAAAAAUUAUAUUGAAAAACCUACUAUAUACAACUAUAUAUAUUAUAUACAUAUUAACUAUAACAUAUAACGAUUUAACAGUAAAAUAAAUUUAAAUAUUGUAUUAAACAAAGUGUUGCACUUUCAAGUUAAAACAGAGAAGAAAAUAAGAAAAUUUAAAAUUAAGUGUAAAUGUUUGUCAGUACACUCACACACACAUAAGUACACUUGAAAAAAUUGUUGCAGACAAAGUCCAAUCGCAACGGAGGUGAACGAACUCGAUAUGUCCAGGCAACCGGAGAAUUCACAUUUACAUUGGAGCACCAGAAACGCAAAAUAAUAACCAAAAUCAGAUUGUUUCGUUUAUUUUCCUUUCACAUUUGAUGUCAUUUUGUGAAUAUGGGUUUUGUUCAUUCAUUAUUGUUGGUUUACUUAUUGGCCAAUUAAUGAUUGACUGUUAUCGACCAUUGUGUAUCGGUAUUGGUUUGAUUUCUACAGCUUAUCCAACAUUUCCUUUGACUUUUUAUUGUUGCAUUUGUUUUUAUCAGAUUGGUUUCGACUUUUCGACGUUUCUAAUGAAGAGAUUAUAGGAACCACAGAUGAAACAAUAAUGUAAGGGUUAUAUUAUUUAACAUACUAAUAAGCUAACUUACGAAUGAUGCGCCAAAAUGCAACCAAAAAUCACUGAAGAGAAUGCUUUUUGUAUACAUUGUAAAGCUCUACGUACGUAUUUGCAUAAAAAUAGCUCUAGGAGAAGAGAGAAAUGAACUUGAUACUUAUCAAUACAUUCGAUCUAUAAUUCUUACAAUUAAGUUUUCUCGAAUUUGUUUACGAAUCGGAAAUGUCGACUGGUACCAUUAGUGUUAAGCUAAGAACAUCUAUUGAACAAACACACAAAACUCGGUACACUCAGAUCAUUUUCUAACUACGCUAGCAGGCUAGAAGUUUAAAUUUGUUUUGUCCCAUAUCCCCAAGACCUCCCGCUUUUCUAACCCCCAAAAAUGAGAGUGUUUUCAUGCAAUGAAAUACUCUUAGCGAUUAAAGACUAGAAUGAUUUGAAAUAAGAUGAGAUUUAACAGAUAUCUAAGCUAAAUUCCUAAGACAAAACGAUUCCACCUAAGACACCUUUUUGUAACGAAUAAAUUUAUAUAGGACAUCUCAGAGGUACAAGAACAACCAAAAAAUAAAUGAAAUCAAUAAGAUUAAAGAUCAACAGGCAUACAUUCUACAUAUGUAUGUGGGUGGCAUGUUUUGUAUCUGCAUUACAAUUUGAUUCUCUUUUAUGAUUUCCCCCAUAAAUAUCAAUAACAGUUUCCCAAUGAUUGGGUAGGAAAAAAUACGUAUUCGGUUAAGAGAAGUGGAAAAUCAAAGCAAGUUGAAUGAUAGUUGUUAAUACCUGCAAGUUAAGAGACAAGUUAUGUAAUACUUAGUUAGUCGACAUCACACUCAUCCCUUUUAUAGCCCGACUUUCGUUCGUUCUUAAGCAAAAAUUCGAAACGAGGUAUGUAUGUAUAUGGUAAUUUAAAAUGUAACAAAUGCAGAGAAUAGUGAACAAAAACUAAUUUGUAUGUAGUUAAUAAUACUAAUAAUAAAUACAAAAUAGACAAAAAUAAGGAAAAACAGAAAAAAAGAGGAAAACUAAGCAAAGUAACCAAAAUAAAACAAAACACAAAAAAAAACAAAAUUGAGACUGUAAACGAAAGGCAACAUAAUGGAGGAGCAGUUCAUGGCGAGUCAAUGUUGAACAGAAAAAGGCUAAAACACUGAACUAUACAACUCGUAACUCGAAUAAAUCACUGAUGAAUAGGCUACCAACAUAAGUUCGUAUAAGAUUUUUGUUACCACUAAAAUUGUACUCAAAUUGAAUUUCUUUCGUUUUCGUCCUAGCCAAUUCUGUACAUUAUGAAAAGUAGAUUUUAUUUUCUCCAUUUUUGUUGAUAAGAAGAAAGGGAAGCUACAUAAUAUAAAUUACAAAGUCAGCAACAAAACAAAACGCAGGUAGCAUGGUACAUAAGAAUAAUGAAACCGAAUCAUGAUAAUGAAGAUUUAAGCGUUUGUAAGCCAAAAAGAAAACCUUUAAUGAAUUUGAAUUUUUUACCAACAGAAACUAAGGAAACUGGAAUCUUAAACUGAUACUGAAACAGUUAGUUGUACGAACGUACGACUAACUCAGAGACACAUAGAAACCUCCUAAAAAAUGCAUAUAAAUAUAUAGGACUUACUUGUAAACCAGAUUGUAACGAUUUUAGGCAUAUAAGUGUUGCGCCUUGGGUCUGUAGGAGAAACGGAAACUUGAAGGGAAACUGGAGAGAUAGCUACGUUUUGACAUUUUCCAAUCAUUCAUUUUAAAUCAUUUUCUAGACUUUUCUACACGUACUUUUAGAUCGAGAUAGCGAAGGAAUAAAUAGGAGUUUAACAUUAGCGAUUGAUGGCAGCUGGGCGAACGUGGUACAGUGCUUAAGAAAUGGCAUUCAGGUCAGGAUUAAACUUAACUUAACUUACAUACAUAUAUACAAGGACAUCAACAAAGGAAAAUAAUGAGAGUAACAAGGAAAACUUAAAAAUGAAAUACAUAUAGCGUUGCAAGAUUUUAGUUUACGGUAAACUUAAAGAAAUUUUUUACAAUGUAUUUAUACAUACCUAAAUUUAAAUUUUAAAUUAAUUCUUUAAUGUAAUACGAACACAGUGCCUAAGUAAUAUCAAAACAAAAAUCGAAAAAAUAAAAAAGGAAAUAAGGAUUUAAACAUACAAAACGAGAAUAAGAGCCGCAAGUGAGGAAAUUGUUACUAAUACUAAAGAAUGCUAAAAACUUAAUCGAACAACUUUUAAAACAACAGAAAAGCAUUGAAGAGACAAAAAUUCACAACCUAAAUAAGCCAGUAAACGAAAAUUUGCAUACAAAGAUUUAUAAAUAUACAUGUUCUGGUGCAAAACAAGAAACACAGACAAACACAUACACUACCUAUCAGAAGAAGAACCAGAGCCGAAAACGGAAGCUGAAAACUGAUCUGAACUUAAUCUCCAAUAAAAAUUUCCAUAAAUGUAUAAAUGUAACUCAAGCAAGCAUGAAACGCAAACGCGAUAAGUAAUUACUACACAAAUAAAUAAUGCAACGUACCCCCUACAUACGUCUCGUCUCGCACUGGAUUUACGUACAACCCACAUAUAUCCUCCCUUUCUACCCAUAUCCUUAAAGGGCUAUUCAAUCAAUAGAUUUUACUUAUUUGAACAUGCCACUUACUCAAAAUGACAUCAAAUUGAAACGUGUAACUUUGUUUGCAUAUUGGAUUGGUCUAUUAAAAAACCCUAAGCAAAUGUUUUAAGCUAUAUUGUUUUACCUUGAAUUCAUUUAAAUAACAGACACAAGUGGAGUAAAAAACAAUAAGCAAAUUAAAUAUACAUUUUGAAAUUAUAUUUAACAAACAAAAUUAAUGUAGUGUGUAAAAAACAAACAAAACAUGAAAGUAAAAACAAGUUUUAAGCAAAACAAAAUACUUUGAAUAUAUACAUAAAUUGGAAGUAAAUAGAAUAAAUGUCACUCACUCUUUUUAUUUAAGUCGUGUACUGAUCGAUCAUUCCUGGGAUUAAAUUGUACGUAUGUACAAUGUCCAUAUCUUAGUAUUUGGAUUUGGAAUGACAGCUAAGUUUGAAAGAAGUAUUCGUAAAGCAUUUGAAAUUCCUGUUAGGGCAUAAAUAUGUAUUUAUUUUCGGAAAAGGAAAGUGUGAACUUCUAUAAAUUUCAAUGCUGGAACUUGUGGUGCUAUUCCUUCUUAGUUCCGUGUCCUUUUUUGUUGCCCAUUUGGAUAGACCAACGACAUUUUGGGGACAUUUUCAUGCCACAUGUCCAAUUCUAAUGGGCGUUCUAUCCGCUGGAUUGAUUUACAUUAAUGUUGGUUUUCCUCCUUGCGAUAAAAUAAAGAAUAUGUACAUUUUUUCCUUAUAGAAGUAGACAAGGAGUUCCCCUUUAUA